CUGUUUACUUAUUGUAAUACCUGCGACCUGGUGCACAUCGAUUGACGACUGGGGCACAGAACCCGCCCCCUAUAACGAAAAGAAAAUUCCCCAACAAGUUACGAACGGCGUUGCAUCGAUGGAGAUGUUCCAACGAGUCCUGAAAAGGAUGCCCUCGUCGCCCAAUCUGCCAUCCUUGGACGAUGUCAAGACGAAAGCGAAGACUUCUUCGCGGUUGGCCUUCUUUCGACGGCCGCUGAGGUUAAAGGGGAAUUCUAGCAUAUCGAUACCUCUUGGUGUAGUUCUAUUGUUUCCUUGCAUAGUCGUGGUGUUGAUCUUGGUGCUGUUUGUUCGACAUCCUAAAUCAGGGGUCGGUAUCUUAAUGCCUGCUGGGGCACCGCCAGCUAUCAGGAAAAUCAGUGAAGAACACGACAAAGUCUUCGUAACGGGUUGUCUAGAGCCGGAUACUUCGCAACCGAGAGCGAAUGCAGCAUUUGUGGUGCUGGCAAGGAAUAAAGAGUUAGAUGGUGUCAUCCAAUCCGUUAAGUCUAUCGAGCGUCACUUCAACAGAUGGUAUCAUUACCCUUAUGUGUUUCUCAACGAUGCCGAGUUCAAUUCGACCUUCAAGGAGACGAUCACGAAUUAUACCAGCGCCCCAGUGGAGUUUGGGACCAUCGAUCCCAAAAUGUGGGGCUUCCCAGAUUGGAUCGACCCCAAGGUUGCAAAAGAGGGCAUUGCAAAACAAGGUGAUGCUGCGAUUAUGUAUGGUGGUAUGGAAAGUUACCACGCUAUGUGCAGAUUCUACUCUGGAUUCUUCUACAAACAUGAACUUUUGGCCAAGUAUGAAUGGUACUGGCGCUUGGAGCCAGAGAUCAAGUAUUUCUGCGACAUCACAUAUGAUCCUUUCCUGAGAAUGAUCGAAUCGAACAAGACAUACGGCUUUACAAUCGCGGUCAAAGAACUGAAGGAGACUGUGCCCAACAUCUUCAGAUACGCUUCUGCAUACAAACGCAUCAACAAUUUGACGUCUCAGGGAUUGUGGGAAAUGUUUGUUGAGCCUCAACCUGAAGAGCCUAAAGACAUCCCGGAGGAAGACACCAGCAAAGCGUUACCAGAAGAAAUCUUGCGAGGCGACCCAUCCCGUGCCUCUUUACCAGAUAUCGAUCCAGAAGCGAUGGAGGGCGAGAAGUAUAAUAUGUGCCAUUUCUGGUCGAAUUUCGAGAUUGCACGACUCUCCUGGUUCAGAAGCAAGGAGUAUGAAGAUUUCUUCCAGAUGAUGGAUAGGAGCGGAGGUUUCUGGAUGGAACGGUGGGGUGACGCACCCAUCCACUCUCUUGCUGCAGGAGCUCUUCUUGCUCCCCGGGAUAUUCAUUACUUCCGUGACUUUGGCUACCGACACACCACGAUCCAACAUUGUCCUGCCAAUGCGCCUGCUCGUCAGAUGCCUCGGUCACCAUUCCUUGAAAGCACCACUUUAGACGAAAAGAAACGGAAAGAGGAAGACGAGUACUGGGAUUCAUGGGAUCCGGUCAAAGAGAAUGGUGUAGGAUGCAGAUGUAGAUGUGACACCGAUAUCGUGGACGUCGAAGGCAAGCAAGGAUCGUGCUUAGCUGAAUGGGUAGACGUUGCAGGCGGCUGGGCAAGCCCUUGAUUGUGAAUAUAUAUGUUUGAGAAGGACGACGGCCUAUAUUAGAUGUUGGAACAUAGGAGAAGAGGUGGGACCGAACCGAGCCGUUUCCUGAUAUAAGGGGGGCGCA